AGACAUGUUUUUGUUUUGAUAAAUUGAUAAUAUUAUGAUAACCAUUUGUUCAUAUUGCAAAAUCAAACUUUAAGCAUAGGAUUCAGAGCUAUUAAUGAACGAAGACAAACUAACAAGAUAUCAAUAUGGAACAAAAUAUAGAUGAUAUACAUCAAAACUUGUUGAAAUUUGGAUGUUGUAAUGUAUGCGCCUCUAGACAUUUAACCAAGCCAUCAGCAGUGGAUGUUAACAAAUUGAUUGCAGCAUCAUCUCAAGAUCAUGAGGAAUCAAAACGCCUUAAAAAUAAUCCAUGCAUUGCAUGCUUAGGUUUAUUUCAGAAUCCUCAAAAAGAUGAAAUCAUCAAUGAAAUUAUUUCCUAUUUAAAAUCAGCUAAUUAUGACUCAGAUACAUUUAAUAUAGCAUUCAAUUUACCAAUGUGUACAAUAAUAAGAAGUCAUUCUAUAUCUUUAUAUGUAUCAAAAGUGAGAGUAUCAGUUAAUCCAACGAUCCCAACAGUUUAUGUUUGCCUGAAAGAUGCUUGGAAACUCAUGGCUGAAGAUGCUAUUGUAAAAUCCACAGGAAAACAUUUUAGCGUACAUUCACCCUUAUUAAUAACUGUGUCUUUUCAUUAUGAAUAUGAUAAAGAAGAAUGUGAUCAAUUAAAUACAUUAGUAAAAUUAAGUAAUAAAAAUCUUCAAGAUAUUUUAUCACAAAUGAAUAAUAAAGAUUUUGAAAGUCAAUAUGGUGACUUACCUUCUAUACCAAUGUCAACUAUUUCCUUUAAAAAUAUAUCUUCUAGACAUGACAGUGUAUAUAUUGCUGGGCGAUAUAAUAAAUGGUCUAGAACACUUUCUCAAACUCCUUGGAUAGUGGAUCAAGAAAGACGCCUAGAAAGUUCUGUAGAAGAAAUAAUAUUAGAGCCAAUAAAAAAUUAUACAUUAGUUGAUAGUUUCAGAUUUUCUUCAUCUGGUAGAGAAGAUAUUGAUGUGAGGAUGUUAGGAAAAGGUAGACCAUUUACUAUAGAACUAGUAAAUCCAAAAAAAACCAAGUUUAGCUAUGAAACAUUUAGAGAAAUUGAAAAUGAUAUAAAUAAAAAUUCACAAGUGACAGUCAAACACUUGCAAAGUGUUUUAAAAGGUGACCUUAAAGAGUUAAAAUUAGGCGAAGAAUUUAAAAUAAAAGUUUACCAAGCAUUUUGUUAUGUCAAAGGUGAACUGCUAGACUUGAAUAAACUUAAUAACUGUACACCAUUUGAUAUAGUUCAAAAUACUCCUAUUAGAGUAUUACAUAGAAGAGCUAAUAUGGCCAGAAAAAGAACUAUACACUCUUUAAGUGUUAGUCCAAUAGAAGUUAAUGUUAAAAAUGGUUGUUUAUUUUUUAAUGUUAUUCUUUCUACUCAAGCUGGAACAUAUAUUAAAGAAUUUGUCCAUGGAGAUUUUGGCCGUACAACACCUUGUCUUAGGACAAUUUUACAAAAUAAUACAGUUGAUAUAUUAGCAUUAGAUGUUUUAAAUAUUGAAUUAGAUUGGCCACCCCCAGUUAAUUAUUAAAUUAAUUUAAUAGUUUAUUUUUAUUUUUCAUAAUUUUAUUAAAACAAAAGAUUUUGAAAAAAAUGUUAUGAACUAUUUCUUUAUUGACUCAUCAACAUAAAUUACAUUUGUAAUAUACAAUGUAUGAAAUAUCUUUCAUUAAAUAAAAUAUAUUUUGAACUAUUACAAACUUA